AUGAGUUUAGCACUGAAGAGAAAGUUAUGCGUUCUUGGAGGAAAAAGGAUGAAUAGAGCACGAAUUUGCUGGGUUUUGCAGGUGAGGGAGGAAGCUUGCUCUCUAGAUGUGGUUGUUUUAGCUAAUGAUGAAGUAGUGGGUGUGCUGGGUAGUUUCUGGCAGCUAGACGAAAACUCUGUCAAGCUUUGGAAAAGUUUACCAAAAGGGAAAAUGGGAAGAGAUGGAAGGAUGAGGCUCGAAAUUGCAGAGGUUUAA